AUGCCUCAUUUCCGAGAUGAAGAUGAGGAAUUAUUGUAUCGCAUUGAAGAAGCUCUGGACAAACGGGAAAUUCAGAUAACCCAAAAACUUAAUAUUCCGGAGGAUUUCAGUUUUUCAAAAGUUGAGCCAUUAAAGAUUUGGUCAAAGGAAGAUUUGAAGAAGCCAGAACCACAAGAUCCAACAGACAACCUGUGGUAUCAGUUGGAGAGAGAGGAACAUGAACGGCUGGUUAACAAUAGAGUUCCUUAUAAUGGAUUCGAGGAGAUGAUCCAAUUGACCAAACAAGGCAAAAUGUGGCACUAUCCCAUUGAUAAUGAGCAGGGAAUUGAGGAGGAAAAGGAUGUGUCCUUCGCUGAUCAUGUGUUCCUUGAUGAUUUGCUCAAAGAUUUCCCAAAAAGUGGGCCCAUACGAAAGUUUAUGGAACAAGUGACAGUGGGUCUAUCUCAGAACCCCCAUUUAACAGUGAAAGAGAAACAUGAACACAUUGAAUGGUAUAAAAACUAUUUCCAGGAGAAAGCCAUGGUGCUUAAAGACAGUUUUGGUGAGACGGGUGAUUUAAAGACUUUCCUUACACAGGAGAACAAAGAAAAAAAAACUUGAAUGAUUAAACACAACAUUGCAGGUCUCAGAGCUUGUAAAAAUAUUCAGAUGUAAAUGACUGUACUAGUACAUGUAUGUGUGUUUCUUAUAUUUGUAGAUUUGAAGUGAAUGAGAUAUUAAAUAAUAAAUGAA